AUUGCCUUAUUAUCCAUUUCAAAAGAAGAAAAAAAAAAAAAAAGAAGCUGGGACCCACAAUCUCUUCUCGAAAGUCGAAAAUAUGCUCCCUGUUUAAGAGAGGUCGUUUCGCGCUCCUGGCAUUGGCGACUACUGAUCGCUCCUCCUUUCUCCUUGGCUCUCUGUGCUGCUCGUUUCAGGACAUCAAAAAUGGAGGAAAUAGACGAAACCGAAGCCCUACCUCAGGUGUACAUGGCAUGCAUUCAACACGGUAAUCGAGUUGGAAUAUCGUAUUACGAUUCAAGUAUUCGCCAACUUCAUGUGCUGGAAGUUUGGGAAGAUGGAAGCACUGAAUUUCCUCUCAUAGAUUUGAUAAAGUAUCAAGCUAAGCCUAUGAUCAUUUACUCGAGCAGUAAAAGUGAAGAAUCCCUCUUGUCUGCUUUACAGAGAAGUGAGGGAACAGAUGAGACUCCCACAGUGAAGCUUGUGAAGAGUUCAGUAUUCAGCUACGAGCAAGCAUGGCAUAGAUUGAUAUACCUUCGAGUGACAGGAAUGGAUGAUGGGUUAAAUAUCAAGGAGAGAAUUUGUUUUUUAAGUUCUAUGAUGGACAUGGGAAGUGAUGUUCAAGUUCGUGCAAGCGGCGGUCUACUUGCUAUAUUAGAGAACGAAAGGAUUGUGGAUACACUUGAACAGAAGGAAUGUGGGAAUGCAUCAAUUACAAUUGAUUCUGUUGUAGAAGUUUCGUUAAACAAUUUUCUCAAACUUGAUUCGGCAGCUCACGAGGCAUUACAGAUAUUCCAAACAGAUAAGCACCCAAGCCAUAUGGGCAUUGGCCGAGCAAAAGAAGGGUUCUCUGUCUUUGGUAUGAUGAAUAAGUGCAUAACACCAGCGGGGAGACGUCUCUUGAGAAACUGGUUUCUGAGGCCAAUACUAGACUUUGACAAUUUGAACAGCCGUCUCAGUGCUAUAUCAUUCUUUCUUGCUUCUGAAGAACUGACACUUUCUUUACGUGAAACACUAAAGUCUGUAAAGGACAUUCCCCACAUACUCAAGAAAUUCAACUCUCCUAGCUCCAUAUGUGCUAUUGGAGAUUGGACAGCAUUCUUAAAGAGUGUUUGUUCGCUCUUGCACGUGAACAAAAUAUUUGAGGUAGGAAUUUCUGAGAGUCUUCGAGAGCAUGCGAGAUACUUGAAUUUGGAUAUUGUUGAAAAGGCUAAUUCAAGCAUUACAACAGAGCUUGCUUAUGUCUAUGAAUUAGUAAUCGGUGUACUUGAUAUUAAUAGAAGCAAAGAGAAGGGAUAUGAGACGAUAGUAAAAGAUGGUUUCUGUGAUGAGUUGGAUGAGCUGAGGCAAAUAUACGAGGAAUUACCAGAAUUUCUGCAAAAGGUAACGUCACUGGAACUUGCAAGAUGCCCUGAGUUGUGUGAAGGCAAACUUACCCCUCGUAUUGUUUAUAUAAACCAGAUAGGAUACUUGAUGUGCAUUUUGGAGGAAGAAAUUGAUGAAAUUACCCUAGAGAAAAUUCACGAUUUUGUUUUCGCUUUCUCAGAUAUGGAUGGGGAAACAAAAAGAUUCUUCUAUCGUACACCAAAGACACAAGAGUUGGACAAUCUCCUUGGAGACAUUUAUCACAAAAUACUCGAUAUGGAGAGGGCAAUUAUUAGAGACUUGGUGUCGCAUAUACUACUAUUCUCAACACAUUUGCUCAAGGCUGUGAAUUUUACUUCUGAACUUGACUGCUUUUUAUCGUUGGCGCUGGUUGCUCGUCAGAACAAUUAUGUAAGGCCUACCUUGACAGUUGAGAACUUGCUCGAUAUACAAAAUGGAAGACAUGUUUUGCAGGAGAUGACAGUCGACACGUUUAUUCCCAAUGACACAAAGAUUGGAGAUGAUGGAAGAAUAAACAUCAUCAGUGGCCCUAAUUAUUCAGGGAAAAGCAUCUACAUAAAGCAGGUGGCUUUAAUUGUUUUCCUUUCCCACAUUGGAAGUUACGUGCCAGCAGAUGCGGCUACUGUGGGUUUGACUGAUAGAAUAUUCUGUGCCAUGGGCAGCAAACUUAUGACUGCAGAACAAUCAACCUUUAUGAUUGAUUUGCAUCAAGUAGGAAUGAUGCUAAGGCUGGCAACCUCACGAUCUCUGUGUUUAUUGGAUGAAUUUGGAAAGGGCACUCUUACAGAAGAUGGCAUCGGUUUGCUUGGUGGAACCAUAAGUCACUUUGUCUCACGUGAUGAACCCUCAAAGGUUCUGGUGUGCACUCAUUUGACUGAGUUAUUUGACGAGAAUUAUCUGCCAAAAUCUGAAAAAAUCAAAUAUUUCACCAUGAGCGUGCUCAGGCCCGACAACAACUCUGCAGAUGCCGAAGAUAUUGUAUUUUUAUACCGGCUAGUUCCGGGUUAUGCGCUUCUCAGCUACGGACUGCACUGUGCGCUGCUUGCUGGUGUUCCAGAGGAAGUUAUUAAGAGAGCAGCAUCUAUGCUGGAAGCUGCUGGACAAAAUAAGCACGUUGAGAGAUUGUGUAAUGAACAUCUAUCGGCUCAAGAUCAACUAUACAUGAAAGCGGUAGACAAGAUGUUGGCAUUUGAUGUCUUCAAGGGAGACUUAAGACUCUUUUUACGGGAUAUAUUUUCAUGAUUUCAUCUGAAUCCUAAAGUCUUCAAAGGAACUCAUGCUUUAGUUUCCAAAACGGCUUCCUGUUCCUGAUAUGACAUAACACUUAAAACGGU